UUCUUUCCUCAACUUUCCAAAAGAAACAGAUUUUCUCUACUGGUUUCUUGUUCUUGUUUUUUACAUGGCUGAGAAACAAGCGCAUCUGAACGGAGCCUACUAUGGCCCCUCAAUUCCACCAGCUACAAGGAACUACCACCGCCCUGGCCGUGGCUCAGGUUGCGGAUGCUGCUGCUGUCUUUUGAAGCUCCUCUUCAACACCAUCAUCACUGCUGUGGUCGUCAUUGGCCUUGCUGUUCUCAUCUUCUGGCUCAUCUUCCGUCCCAACAAGGUCAAGUUCCAUGUCACAGACGUCUCACUCACUGAAUUCAACCUCACCACCGACAACACUUUGCAUUACAACCUUGCUGUUAAUAUGACAGUGCGUAACCCAAACAAGAGAAUUGGCAUAUACUAUGAUAGUAUCGAGGCAAACGCUUAUUACGAGGACCAAAGAUUCGCUACGCAAACUUUGACCCCUUUUUAUCAAGGACACAAGACUACUAGUUUCUUGAACCCUGUUUUCAGGGGGCAGCAAUUCGUUGGGCUUGGGGCUGACCAGACUUCCAAGUUUAAUGCAGAGAAGACUCUUGGGAUUUACAGUAUUGAUGUGAAGUUGUACUUGAGGAUUAGGUUCAAGGUUGGCUGGGUGAAGACUGGCAGGAUCAAGCCCAAGAUUUCUUGUAACUUGAAGGUUCCUUUGGACUCCAAUGGUAGCUUGGCUGGUACUCCUGAAACUACCAAAUGUGGUUGGGGUUUCUGAUCAGCAGUGGUCGAGUCUUUUAUUCUAUUUUCUUUGGGAUUUACACUAUUUAUUCUUUUGCUUUUUUGGCUUUUUUUCCAGUAGAUAUACAUUGUACAGUGGUCUUGGGUUUGAGACAUACACUGAUUAUUUACUUUUUUGUUUCAUGGGUUACGUUUUGUUACA